AUGUGCCACCACUCCUCCGUCGACAAAAUCGCCAUUCCCUACAGCUACCUUAGCGACGUCGAGGGCAUCACCACCAUGCCGGUCCCCGGCCGACGCUGCCCCGCCUGUCUCGAACGCGGCGACACCAUCUGGGUCAUCCCAGGCAAAUGCUGUCCGCAGUGCGGCACGCCCGUGAACUGA